UAUAAAUCAUUUUUAUCUAUCAGGGUACAACUGGUAAAUUACCAACUGUCAUUUUGGAGGUAUUUGAAUCAUGACACGACAUUCAAGGAAUUGCACUUCAAAUCCUGUAUAUUCAUAUCAUGAACAAAAAAAGGACUCAGUAAGUGGAAAUUAUGGAACUCAAAGACUUAGAUGUGGUAAAGAGAGUAUCAAAGAUUUUGAUUGUUGUUCUUUAAGUUUGCAACCUUGCAUAGACCCUGUUGUCACACCUGAUGGCUAUUUAUUUGAUAAAGCUGCUAUAAUAGAAUUCAUAUUAACUAAGAAAAAGGAAAUUAAAAACCAAAAGAUUGACUAUGAAAAGUACAAAGAAGAAAAAGAAAAAAAUAGUGUUGAAAAUUUAAAUAAAGAAGCUAAACGCCAAAAAUUUAUUAAAAGGGAAGACGAUAUUCUAACUCAAUCGACUCUCGUUUCUAAAUCGAUGGCUCCCAUUAUCAGCAACAGAGAAUUUAUCACCCCAUUAUCUUCUCAACUCCUCAAUAAAGUUAAAGUUGCUAACCCUGAACAAGAUAAUCGCAAUAAUAUUUCAAAUAACAGCCAAAGUAAUGAUAACAAAACAACAUUAUUUAGUUUUUGGGUUCCAUCCUUGACUCCAGAUGCCUCAGCCAAAAGAAAUUCAAAAGGAGAAUUAAUUGUGGAUUUAGAACAUUCUAAAUCUAACAACAUUAAUUUCAAUCAUAAAGAACCCCCCAAAACCCAAGUCCUAUGUCCAUUCAGUGGAAAACUCCUUCGAAUGAAGGAUUUGAUACCAGUUAAAUUUAAAAAAGUGGCUAAGGAUGGGAAAUCGAAUGGAGACCCAACACACUACACAGCUAAUUCCUCUAAAUAUCAUUACGUUUGCGCGGUCACUGGAGAUAUCAUAAGCAAUAGCAUUCCUUGUGCUGUAUUAAGACCUUCCGGUUGUGUCGUAACGCUUCAAUGCGUGGAAAAAAUCAUCAAAAACGAUAUGAUAGAUCCUAUUAACGGCAUAAAGCUAAGGAAAUACGACCUCGACUUUCCUGAAAUUGAUAAAAAUGAUAGUGAUAAGGAUGGGAAUUUCGGAAAUUUUGAAUAUUUAAAACAUCUUUCUCCAGAUAUAAUAUUCUUAGAAAGGGGUGGAACAGGCUUUUCCCAAGCGUGCCAAGAUACGGAGCUUUUAAAAUCGCGUGUUAAAAGGCCCGUUCUACAUAUGUAAAAUUGUUGUCUAAUAAAAUAGUUAUAAUUAUA